AUGGCGAGACGCAAGAAAAGCAACCCAAAGCCCGCUACACAAUCGACGGUGGCUGUAACUCCAGUGGUCCGUGCGGCUGGAGGUCAGCAAUCUGAUGUCGAGGAAGCUAUUCCGGAAGAGAUAGAGGAUGUUUUCAUUGACUCGAUGUUAGAGUUUCCUGAAUCUGGUUUUCAUGGUCCUUUUGACGUUGAAGGAACACCUGGAGGCAGUAGAACAGUAGGCGAUGCAGAUGAGGAAUUGACUGAAAAUGCAGGUUCUUGGGGUAAUCCACCGUUUGGUGUUUUUGAAGGGUUUAUCAAAAGAAUUUGGGGCAAGCUUGGCAUUGAGAGAAUUGCUAGAUUGAAUAAUGGGUUCACAUUGGUUAAUUUUCGAGAUGAAAUCACUAGAAAUCUGUUUUUGGAAGCUGGAGUGCUACAUUUUGACCGGAAACCAGUUAUAGUGAAGCCUUGGACUACUGAUUUUGAUACUUUGAAGGCAGUGAAGUCAGUUCCUGUUUGGGUUAGAUUGCUAGGUCUUGGGCUGCAAUAUUGGGGCACUAAGUGCUUGAGUGCGAUUAUGAGUACGAUUGGGGUGCCGAUCUUGGUAGAUAAAGUAACGAAAGACAGAUCUAUGAUGCAAUUUGCUAGAGUUUUGGUGGAAAUUGAACUAUUGGAGGACCUCCCUAAAUCGGUUCAAUUUCUAAAUGAGAAAGGGCAGUUAAUAGAGCAAUUUCUGGAGUUUGAGUGGCUUCCUACCCAAUGUAGGGGCUGUAAAGUUUAUGGUCACAUUGAAAGAAUGUGUAACAAGAAACCAGCGGAAGUUUGGAGGGAAAAAACCAGAGUUAGGGAGGAGGAGGACAGGCAAGUCCCUAUGAAUCUGUCGAAAGUUGCAGAGACCACUGUGACAGUGCUUACUGCUACUGGGAUUGCUGGUGCAGGAAUUGCGAAUGAGGUUUCUGAGACCCCAUCUGGGAGUAAACUGGAAGUGGACAAGCCUAUGGAGAACUCAAAAUCUGUCCCGGAUCUGCCUGUUGUAAACCAGCCAGUUGAAGGAGGCAGUUCGGACUGGGUUACCCCGAAACGAAUUGGUGGGAAUAAGAAGGCUAUUCAUAGGGCCAAGAACACUUUGAAGAAUUCCUAUAGUGCUUUGCAAGAUAAGGUUGUGGAGGUGGAAAAUUUGGGAUUAACAUCAACAAGUGCCUUAUUGGAGACCAAACUUCGGGGUGAUAAGAUUAAGAAGAUGAUGCAUUCUUUUUUCAGUGGUUGGGAAUUUUUUUAUGGUUCAACUUCUGAAGGCAGAUUAUUGCUUAUUUGGCACCAAAAUUUGGUGUCUGUUGAUGUUUUGAAAGAAACAGACCAAUUACUUCAUGUUUUUUUCAGGAGUAUGAAAUCUAAUAAAUCGUUUUGUGUGACAUUUGUUUAUGGUAGAAAUUCAAUUGAGGAAAGAGUGGCCCUGUGGAGAGAUUUGUCUAAUCUGAGUUUUCCAGUUGCUGCCUGGCUUCUAACUGGAGACUUUAAUGCUACUUUUGAGAGUGCAGACAGAGUGGGUGGUCGUGCGAUAUCUUCCCUUGAGUUAGCUGAUGCUCAAAAUUGGAGGGCCUUGGGUUUAGUUGACGAGUUGCGUGCUAGAGGAUCUCAUUUUACUUGGAUGAAUAAACAGAUGAAUGAAGGCAGAAUUUUCUCAAGAUUGGAUAGAGUUUUCAAGAAUGAAGAUUGGUUGGACAUUUUCCCUCAUUCUGAGGCUGUCUUUAACUGGGAGCUUCACUCUGACCAUUGCUACUGUAUUAUUAAACCAGAUUUUGCUGUUAACUGUGGUGUUAAGCUUUUCAGGUUCUUCAAUAUGUGGACUAAACACGAUCAGUUUAAAUCUACUGUGAUGCAGAGCUGGUGUAGGCCUAUGCGAGGGACUGGUCUAGUUCGCCUAUGUAAUAAACUGAGCAGACUUCAGUUGGUGCUUCAGCGGUUUAACAGGCUUAUAAUAGGUGAUGUUGCCCAGAAUUUUUCAGUGGCUAAAGAGAAGUAUCAAGUUGCCCAGUUUUCUCUGCAGGGUGAUCCUCAUUCGCUAAGGCUCCAAGGAAUCGAAGCUGAUGCUGGUGAAUCGCUAGCUUACCAUGCAAAAAUUUAUGAGAGUUUCCUGAGACAGAAAAGCAAAAGUAUUGAGAAUUUUGAUGCUGUAGUUGAUCAUUUUGUGAAUCAUUUCAAGAAAAUUAUGGGAAGCAAGAGCAUGGCCUCUAGUACUAUUCAGAAGUCCUAUUUUGAGCUUGGUUACCAACUGACCUUGGAUCAGCAAGUUAACUUAGUUAAGCCAUUUUCUACUAAGGAAGUUAAAGAAGCUUUUUUCGGCAUUAACUGGAUUAAAAGUCCGGGGCCGGAUGGGUUUGGCUCGGGCUUUUUUAAAGCACUUUGGAGCGAGUUAGAGGCUGAAAUCUCAGCAGCUGUUCUGGAUUUCUUUGAGUUUGGUGUGCUGCCAGAGGAAAUCAAUAAAGCUACUAUUUCCUUAAUCCCUAAAAUUGAGACUCCUUCUCGCGCAGCGGAUUAUCGGCCUAUUGCUUGUUGCAAUUCUAUUUACAAAUGCAUUUCUAAGAUGCUUUGUAAUAGAUUGGCUUCGGAUAUUAUAAAAGGCUAUAAAAGGAAAAGCAUUUCCCCUAGGUGUGUUUUGAAGAUUGAUUUGAGCAAAGCCUAUGAUAUGUUAGAUUGGAAUUUUUUGGAGGAUAUUCUCACUGAGUUUCGUUUUCCGGCUAAAUUCAUCAAAUGGGUCAUGGCUUGCUUGAAAGAUCCAAUCUAUCUAAUCCUUAUGAAUGGAAAGGUUCAAGGGGAAUUUAGAGGUUGGAAGGGGCUUAGACAAGAGGACCCUAUCUCUCCGUUAUUAUUUGUCUUAGCCAUGGAGUACUGUACCCGUUUAUUUCAGCAAGCUUCAAUGAACAAGGGGUACCGGUUUCAUCCUAAGUGCAAACACCUCAAAAUUGUUAAUCUUUGCUUCGCAGAUGACUUGGUUAUUUUUUGCAAGGGAGUUCACAAUUCAGUUCAGAUUAUUAAGGAAAGUUUCAGUAAUUUCUGUUGUGCUUCUGGUUUGACUGCUAACAAGGAUAAAUCUCAGGUUUACUUUGGUGGUGUGGCUGAAGAAGAGGCUCAAAAAUUGCUUGAGGCGCUCCAAUUCACUGAAGGUCAUUUCCCCCUAAAAUACUUGGGAGGUUCCUCUUCGAACAACAAGAUGGAAGGCUGGUGA